AUGCGCUUCUUUCUGUUGAGAUGCCAAGCAAAUGGAUUUGGAAAUGCCUUGCCUUGGCAAAGAGAUAAUUUUAAUUUGGGCAUUGCUUUCUUGAUUGUUAUGGAUUGUGAAAACGAGACACAAUUCAAUCGAUUCUGCGAGCAGUAUAGAUUUAUCAUGCAGAGCAUCCAAAGAAUCAAUCCUCAUCUCAGAAUUCCUCAAUUGACCAGAUGGAACGAGUUUGAUUUUAAUACGUUGCCGUAAUUGUUUUGUUGAUUUGUUUUGUUUUGAAUAAACAGUAGUUGUUAAUCAUUGUUGUUAAAUAUCUUACUUUUAGCUGUUUUUGAAACGGCUUAUAAUAUUUUUUAUUUUUUAUUGUUUAUUGGAGAGGGAAUAUCCAAGAAAAAACCUUCAGAAGGCUUCAAAUAACUUUAGAAGAGUUCGGAAGGAUUCAGAAGCCUCUAGAAGUCUAUUGAAGCCUGAAAAAACUUUGAUAAAGCUUCAGAAGACUUCAGAGGGCUUUAGAAAGAUUGAGUAGUCUUGAAAAGUGUUCAGAAGCUUUUUGAAAUCCUGAGAAGCCUUGGAAACCUUAAAAAAGCCCCCUGAAGCUGGAAUUUGGCAAGAUUUGUUGGCUUUUUGCGGCAAAAAAAAAGAUUUUUUCUCGUUUUUCGAUUCCUGAACAUUUAGUUAUCCGUUUUCCACAGUUUCUCUUCAUUUUGUUAACAAAAUUGAUGAUUUUCGUCAUUUUUUCAAGUGAUUUUAUGCAUUUUCCCUCCUCAUUCACUCAGUUUUCCAUUUCACCAACGGUUGUGUUAAAAAAAUUGAUUUUCGUUAUUUUCAUACUGUUUUGUUUCGCUCGUUUUAUUCCUCAUUCACUUUGUUGUCUAUUUUAUCAACGUAUAUCUCGUUCAUUUUUGUUUUUUCCUCUUUUCCUCGUGUGCACACUAAAUGCGCCAACUGCGCUUGGCUGACGCUUUUUGUGUGCCCUCCUUCCUCCCUUUCUUCCCUCUCGCCUUAUUUGAAUAUAGUUUUCUGCUUGCGGUGUUUUUCUUCCACUUAAAGGUGUUUUUUGUUAUUUUUGCUUGAAAUUUCGAGAAUCUUCUUCAAUUUUCUAGUAAACUCUUUUGGAAUGUAGUUUGAAUGUGAUAUCUUCUCAUUUUCUUGUUUUUAUAGGUUAUUUCUCGGUUUCUGUGGAUUUUUUUGGUUUUUUCAUUUAUUUCCUCGUGUGCACAUCAAAUUUCCCAACUGGCACUGUUUUUUCACUCUUUCAACGUUCAUUCUCCACAAUUUCUAUAUAUUUUCGCUCCCAGAAUGCCCGAUUUUCUUCAUUUUCAUAGUUAAUAUUCACUUUUUCCUCGCUAAUUUUUGUUUUUUCCUCUUUUCCUCGUGUGCACACUAAAUGCGCCAACUGCGCUUGGCUGACGCUUCCUCAUUUUCUUCCCUCUCGCAUUAUUUGAAUAUAGUUUUCUGUUUGCUGUGUUUUUUGCCUUUUUUCCAUUAAAUUUCGAGAUUUUUAUUAAUUUUUCUAAUAAAUUAUGUCAGAAUUUUCUAGAAUGUUCUAGAAUACAUUCUGCCUGUGAAAUCUUUUCAUUUUUCUUGUUUCUAUAAGUUAUUUUUUCAAUUUUCGUUGAUUUUUUCACUUGUUUUUGAUUAGGUUUUGUCGAAUUUUGAAGCAUGAAGGAUUCAGAAGGCCUGUCGAGAUUUCAGAAGGAUUCUGAAUCCUUCAUGUGCCUUCUGAAAGCCCCAUAGGCCUUCAGAACACCCCCACAGGCCUUCUGAAUCCCCCACAGGCCUUCAGAAUCCCCCACAGGACUUCUGAAUCCCCCCACAGGCCUUCAGAAUCCCCCACAGGACUUCUGAAUCCCCCACAGGCCUUCUGAAUCCCCCAUAGGCCUUCUGAAUCCUUCAGAAUCCCCCAUAGGCCUUCAUAAUCCCCCAUAGACCUUCAGAAUCCCCCAUAGGCCCUCAGAAUCCCCCAUAGGCCUUCUGAAUCCCCCCAUAGGCCUUCAGAAUCCCCCAUAGGCCUUCAGAAUCCCCUCAUAGGCCUUCAGAAUCCCCCAUUGGCCUUCAGAAUCCCCCAUAGGCCUUCAGAAUCCCCUCAUAGGCCUUCAGAAUCCCCCCAUAGGCCUUCAGAAUCCCCCAUAGGCCUUCAGAAUCCCCCCAUAGGCCUUCAGAAUCCCCCCAUAGGCCUUCAGAAUCCCCCAUAGGCCUUCUGAAUCCCCCAUAGGCCUUCAGAAUCCCCCAUAGGCCUUCUGAAUCCUCCAUGUGUCAUCUGAAUCCUUCUCAUUCAUUCCAUCUCUUUAUAAAAUAUUCAAAUUCAAAUUGCCGCCCAAAUAAUUCGAUUUGAAUUUCCGCCGCUGCGGUCUUCCACUCGAGACCCAAACCACGCCGCCUAUCCUACAAAAUAUUUUUCACUCUCCUAAAAUCACUUCACUUUUUCAUUUUCUCUCAUUUUCGCUCAUUUUUGUUGGUUUUUUUUGCUUCUUCUUUUCUUUUUCGUUGUUUCUUUUAUGAAUUUGUGAUUAAAGAAUUGUUUUUUCAGCACUUCAGUCAGUGUUCGACUUUUUUCGCCCGACUUUGGCCACUUUUUGCGAUUGUUUUUGGAUUGUCUUGUGAUGCCGCCGAAGAAGUCAGCCGCCGCCGCCCCGUCAUCAACAGGAGCAAAGGUUAGUUUAGUUUAUUUGAGGGUUAAGGAAAACAUAAACAUGUCAGUGAAAUUUUGUUAAUCAACUUUGAUAUCGAACUUUCUGUUUGAAAACCCUUUUUGAAACCAAAAAUGAAAAUUUUUCUUGAGAAAACCAGUUUUAGAUCCAUUUUUUGAUAAAAGUCAUGAAUUUUCUUUCAAGUUUUGGGAUUUAGUGUAUAGAAAUGACAUCCCAAGCUCUUCCAAUGAGUCUAAAAUACAAAUCAAGCCUUCAAAAUCAAUUUGAUGAUUUUCGAAACGUUUCGAAAAUAUUCGAAAUGUUUCGAAAUGUUUCGAAAAUCACCAAUUUCAUUAUUCGGGACUUGUGAGGCUUGAUUGGUCUUUCAGGCUGAUUAGAAGGUCUUGUGAUAGCAUUUCUAAACACAAAAAUGCGUUUCAGUGUCCAGAAAUACUAUUUCAAGACCUUCUAAUCAGCCUAAAAACGAAUCAAGCAUCACAGGCUGAUUAGAAAGUCUUGAAAUAAGAUUUCUGGACACAAAAACGCAUUCUAGUGUUCAGAAAUGAGAUCCCAGGCUCUUUCAAUGAGUCUAAAAGACACAUCAAGCUUUCAAAAUCAAUUUGAUGAUUUUCGAAACGUUUCGAAACAUUUCGAAAAUAUUCGAAAUUCUUCGAAUUGUUUCGAAAAACACAAAUUUCAUUUUUCUUGGAGAUGUGAGGCUUGACUUUUGUUCUAGGCUGAUUAGACGGUCUUGAAAUAGCAUUUCUAGACACUAAAAUGGGUUUUAGCUUCACUUUUUUCAUAUCGUGAAUCACUGAAUUGACAAAAUUUCAUUGACAUGUUCAAAAAAUUGGCGGGAAAUUUUGAAAUUUUGAAUUUUGAAAACAGUAUUGCUAUAGAAAUGUGCGCGAAUAAUGAGUGAAUGAAACUUUUGCCUGUAGUGAAACCUGAACGUGUUUUAUCACGCUGAGAUUUGGUCGCAGAUUAGAUAAUUUAAUCAUAAUACAAGUCACAUAAUGUUCUUUUGGGUAGGGUUUUAGAAUAAAUUUGGGUUGAACACGGUUAUUUUGAAAAUCACAGAACUGUUUCAAAGUCUAAUGUUUGACCACUAAUUGAAGUCUAUGAAUUUAAUUAAGUUGAUCGAAAAAUAUAAAGAGUCGUGUUCUUAUUUUAUCAUUUUCACAAUUUAUUAUCUGACUUCAUUCAAACCGAAUUCUAUUUUAAGUAAGAGAUUGACUUGAAUUCAUACUCUCAGGUACUACGUGUAUUAAUAUUACUAACACUUUUAGUGGAAUUAUCGCGAGCAUUUUUUUCCAGUGGUAUUUUAGGCGCAAAACAUGUUAGCAUUAGAAGCUGUGUUGUAAAUUUGAAAAAUCUAAAUUUCCCGCCAAUUUUCAACACGUUAUCAAAUAAUUUCAUAUCCAAAUUCUUGGCGCCAAAAACUCCUCUUUAGAAACUGAAUUUUUUGAUAUAAUUUUGACGCUGAAAAUGUGAAUGUGAAAUUUUUGAGGACGUGUCAAAAAAAAAUUUGAUUGAUUAUUGUUGUCUGAUUUUUUCUGCUGAUUUUUUGUCUGAAUUUUUAUCAUCUAUUCUGUUAUUUUCUGAAAAUGUGAUCUUAAAAAUUUUCAAAUUUCGAACAUUUUUGGCUUCCAAGAAAAAACUUCUAACUAUAAUUUCGAUGAAUUUUGAUUUGAUUUGAAAUUUUUAGAAAACUUUUCGGAAAAAAACCUCAAAAAAUUUCUGGUUGAUUAUUGUUGUCUGAUUUUUUCUGCUUUUUCGUCUGAAUUUUCAUUUUAUUUUUCGGCUGAAUUUUUAUCAUCUAUUCUGUUAUAUUCUAAAAAUUUGAUCUUAAAAUUUUUAUUCGAAACAUCUCAAAUUUUAAACAUUUUUGGCUUUCAAGAAAAAACUUUUCAAAAAAAUCUAACUAUAAUUUUGAUGAAUUCCAAUUUCUCUUUACAAACUAAUUUUUAUGAUAUGUUUUUGGCAUUAAAAUUUUGAAUUUGAAUUUAUUGAAGACGUGUCAAAAAAAAAUUCUGGUUGAUUAUUGUUGUCUGAUUUUUUCUGCUUUUUCGUCUGAAUUUUCAUUUUAUUUUUUCUGCUGAUUUUUUCUGAAUUUUUUUGAUUGCUUUUUUCCUUUUUUUUUGGAAUUACAGUUUUUAUUGAUUCUUUAAGUUUAAUUUCACUAGUAGGGCCUUUUGAAUUUUUCACAGGCUUCUAGGUAUCUGCUAGGUUUUUCAGAUAUUUUCCGGGCUUGAGAGAAUACUCUAGAUUUUCUUCAUGUUUCCUCUUGGCUUCAACAUUUGCCCAAGCUUCUAGAAAUACAUCAGUUCUUGUAGAUUCAUUUUCUGAUUUAUAGAAACUUUUUUCGAGCUACUAGGAACCUUCCAAAGUCUUCAGAAUUAGCACGAACUUUUAGAAAAAGCCGAUACCUAGUAAAUUUCUUCCCUGAAUUAUGUCAACUUUUUUGAACUCCUAGAAUUCUUUCAAAACCUCAGAAUUAGCACGAGCUUUCAGAAAAACCGUAGAUCUUCUAGAUUUUUCCUCUGACUUUAAUGAGCUUCAAGGAACCUUCCAAAGUCCUCUGAAUUUACCCAAUGCUCCGAGAAAUACUCCUAGAUCUUGUAGAUUUCUUCUCUGACCUAUAUACAAUUUUUUGAGCUUCAAGAAUUCGUCUGAGCUUUCAUAAAAACUCCAGACCGUGUUGAUUUUUUCACUGAACUUUUUUAUGUCUUUUUGAGCCUUCAGAAUCUGACCAACCUACUAGAAAACCUUCAAACUUUAUAGAUUGCUCCUCUGUUUUAGGUUCUUUCAUGAGGUCGUAGGAAUCUCUCAUAGCCUUCAGAAUUGUCAGGAGCAUCUAGAAAUUCCCCAAACUUUGUUGGAUUUUUCUUUCGCUUUAAGACGCCUUUUUGAGUUUUUGGGAAUAAUCUAAAGCCUUCAGAAUUUGCACGAACUUUUAGAAAAGCCCUAAAAUCUAUUAAAUUUCUUCUCUGACUCAUAGAAAUUUUUUUGAGUUUCUGGGGAUAAUCCAAAACCUUCAGGAAUUUCACGAGCUUCUAGAAAAAGCCUGACCUUAGUCGAAAUGUUUAAACUGUUAUCAAAAAUUAAAGGACCAUAAAAACUGUAAUUCCAGAGGCUUAAAAAUCAACAAAAAUUUCAAGAUUUUUUGAAUUGAUCUGCUGUUAAAAUUAUAUUGAUUUUUUCGAUUUUUAUUCUGAUAUAUCUGGUUCAUUUUUGUUUUCUGAUGAUUUAAUUUCAAAAUUUUUAGUUGAUUUUUUUCUGGAGUUACAGUUUUUAAUAAUUUUUUAAGUUUCACUAGUAGAGCCUAUAGAAUUUUUUCCCGGGAUUCUAGAAAUCUCCCAGGUUUUUCAGAUAUUUUCCGGGCUGGAGAGAAUACUCUAGAUUUUCUUCAUGUUUCCUUUUGUCUUCAGAAUCCUCAGGUCUUGUAGAUUUCUUUCUGACUGAUAGAAACUUGUUUUGAGCUUCUAGGAAUCUUCCUAAGCAUUCAGAAUUAACCCGAGCUUUUAGAAAAAUCCUUAACCUUUUCAAGACUUUUUGAAACUUUCCUUAGACUUUAGGAAUCACCCAGAGCCUUCAGAACUAGCACAAACUUUCAUAAAAAUUCCAGACCGUGUUGAUUUUUCCGCUGAACUUCUAGAUGUCUUUUUGAGCCUUCAGAAUCUACUUCUCUGGUUUUUAGGCACUUUCCUGAGCUUUUAGGAAUCUCCCAAAGCCUUCAGAUACCUUAUAGAAAAAUCUCAGUCAUUCUUGAAUUCUUCUUUGACCUAUAAGAUCUUUUUGGGCUUCUAGGAAUAUCCCAAAACCUUCAGAAAUAACACGAGCUUCUAGAAAAAGCCCAAACCUAGUAGAUUUUUUGUCUGAUUCAUCUGAAAUUUUUCAAGCUUCUAGCAAUCUCUAAAAACCUCCAGAUGCCGUCCAUAAUUUUAGAAAAACCUAAGUUCAUGUUGAAUUUUUCUCUGAAUUAUCGGAACUUUGUUGGGCUUCUAGGAAUCUCUCGAAACCUUCAGAAGUUGCACAAUCUUUUAGAAUUACCCUAAACCUCGUAGAUUUUCACUCUGGCUGAUAGAAUUUUUUUGAGCGAAUUACCACGAGAUUUUAGAAAAAUCCUAGAUUUUUUAACUUCUUUAAGUUUCUGGAAAUGAUCCAAAGCCUUCAGAAUCUGCCCCAGCUUCUAGAAAAUUCUCAGCUCUCGUGGAAUUUUUCUCUGACUUAUAGGAAUUUUUAUAAACUCUAAAAAAAUCAGCUAGAUCCUUCUGAAAUUGCAAAAGCUUCUAGAAAUAUCCAUGAAAAAUAAGGAAUAUCAAAAUGUAAAGAACCAUAAAAACUGUAAUUCCAGAGAAUUAAAAAUCAAUAAAAAUUUCUAGAUUUAAGUUUUAAAAAUCUGAUUUUUGAAAAUCAAAAUUUAGGGGGAUUUCGAACUAAAAAUCUCUCAGGAAAAAAAGACAUUUGAAUAAUUUUCAUUAUUUUUCAGAGAGGUAGACCUCGCCGAUCAAAUUCGACUCCUGCUCCUCAACAUCCACCACCACAACCACAACAACAAGGUCCUGGAACGCGAAGAUCGCGAUCUAAUGUAUCCAGAAGAUCUCCCUCUCCUCCUUCGAAUAUCCGCGUCACGCGAUCACAAACGCAGCAAUCUCGAGAUGCUAUCGCCGCGGAUAGACAACGGCGCGGUCUUCCAAGAAAUUCAGUGGGACCGCGAUUCUGCCCGCCUACAGUUAGUUUAUUUUCAUUCUUGAAAUGUAGUGAGCCUAGAAAAAUUCGAAAAUAUUGAAAACCUUGGGAGCCUUGAAAGUCUGAACAUUUUUCAAAUCUCAUGGAAAACAUUCAUAAGUUCAAAAUUCAUGUAUUUCAGCCACCGAAAGUUACGAAAAAUAUCGUUGGGAAAAUCGUUGGAUUAGUGAAGAAAAAGAAGAGUGUGGAGAAGAAAGCAGUUAUGAAGAAACCGGCUCCGAAGAAUCGAAAACCAGUUGGCAGACCACGAGGAACAACUCGUCCAGCUCCACAACAACAAACGAGCAGUGAAAGUUCAUCAGGAACUUCGAGAAAUUCUGGAUCUUCAACAACCGGAACAACCGCAACUACUGGAUCAUCAGCAACGGAUGACGAAGACGCCGACGAAAGUUAUCGGCAUGAUUCUCCAAAUCGCCGAUCAACAAGUCGAAACACAGAAUCUCGAACAUCUUCUCGAACAUCUUCUCGCAAUUCUCCGAGCACCGAUGAUGAUGAUGAUUCGAAUUAUUCUCAUGAAGAUCGUCGCCCAACAUCAAGACAACCAAAUCGAGCUGGCGAGAAUUCAUUCCGCUCAAGAUCAGCUGCUCCAUCAACAACUUCUCGUGUUCCAUCGGUUCCAACACCUCGCCCACGCCCUCGCUCACUUCACCGAAAUCGCUCAACAACUUCCAAUGCGGAUUAUGAGAGGGUACGUUUUUUUAAUCAAAAUUUGGGGUCCAAAAAACUCAAAAAACAUCUCGAUUUUCCCCCUGGCCCACAGAAAAAAAAUGAAUUUGCAUUUGAAACAACAAUUUAAUUAUUUCAGCCACCUGUGCUCAUGGUUUCUAAUCCUCGUCAAGACGAGGUAGAUUGCGAAUUGUCGGAACGUUUUCGGCGAUUUGGGCAAAUGCGUGUUGAUCGAACCCAGUCUUCGGUUAGUUUGAUUUUCUCUCAUUGGUUUUGAAAUUAUUUGAUUUUUUUUUUCAGAGCAGACGUCAACCACGAAGAAGAGAAGCGCCAACUCAAAGCGAUUCGACCUCGGAUUCUUCUUGGCGUCCCAAUAAGCCAACCAAAACCAAUCGUCGCCGGAAACGCCGCAACUAG